AUGCCUCAAAAUUCUAGCACAUCGCCUAAACUAGUCACUGAUAAUGUGACUGGGGGGAAAAAGCGAAGAAAGGUUGAUCGGGAUUUCGUUUUUGAAAACUAUCCGAGCCGUAUGAUCGCACUACGUUUAGCCUACCACGGGCACGUGCAUGACGGCCUCGCGAAACAGGAGGAGACGGCUAACACCGUCGAAGGCAUCGUCUGCGAGGCCCUUAAGCGCCUCCGACUGAUUCCGCAAAGCGGUCCGGAGAAGUUUGGCCGAUGUGGGCGCACAGACAAGGGUGUUAGUGCCCUUGGGAACGUCUUUUCGCUAAAGGCAAGGGCGAGUUCGUUUCCGGACGAUCCGGUGCAGAAGCCACCGCUCGAUUACGGCAAUAUGCUGAACAACAUCCUUCCACCGACGAUCCGCAUUGUGGGGUUUUCGCAUGUUCCCGACACCUUCGACGCACGCUUUUCCUGCAUUAGUCGGACCUAUCGCUAUUACUUUGCGCAUCGUGGACUAAACCUCGACGCAAUGGUGCGCGCCGCGAGCUACUUUCUUGGGACGCAUAACUUCCGCAACUUUUGUAAGGUUGACGUCGUGAAUGUGAGCAACUUCGAGCGCUGCGUUAGCUCGGUUGGGAUCUACCGCAGUGAGUACCUGCCGGAGAUGAUCUCUUUCUUCGAAAUCACGGCGAACUCCUUUCUGUAUCACCAAAUCCGGUGUACGAUGGAGGUUCUCUUCCUUGUCGGACGUGGGUUAGAAUCCCCCGAAGUGGUUCGCGAGCUUCUAGAUCGUGGCGAUGAAAAGCCGGUCUACCCCUUGGCGGAUGCCACCCCACUUAUUCUCUGGGAUACCGGGUUUAAGGACAUCAAGUGGCAGUUCUCCCGUCGCGCCUUCGAGAACGUAGUGCACGAACUACAGGACAUCUGCACGGCGCUGUUGAUCCGGGCGACCGCCGCGGAGGCGAUGAGGCGGCAGCUCUUUACGUGGUAUCACGGACUUGAGGACUGCACGGAGACCGAGACGUCUUCUUCGCGGCUGAUCGUCCGCGGGCCAUGUGAUUCCGUGGAUGAUAAGACUCCAAUGGAUGCGUGGAACAUCACGGGGUGCGAUUGGACGGAGCCUCGCACCCACGCCAACCUCAAGGUUCGCAGGUACAAUUUAUACCGCCUAAUUCAGUCCAGGGAUGAGCUCUGUGAACAAGAACAGCAACAGCAUCCGAAGGAAAACUUUUCGAAGGCGGUUCGCACCGAUGCAGGUCUUGCAGAUGGUGAAGAAGGUCAUACUCACAUUCAAGAAAGUAACGGUGCUUUGCAUCCUCUUCAAAAUGGAUACGUACCCCUUCUCGAACGCAAAACUGUGCGCACGUAUCAAGAGCAGGUGGGUAUGCUUACUGGGAAGAAGAAGGCUCGAUACAAAGUUAAUGAGGAUAAAAAAGCAAUGGGAGUCAAGCGUAAUGCUGACAAAUGCGAACAUCAGCAAGGUUAA